AUGAAGGAUCCGAAAUUUCAGGAAAUGACCGUUGUUCCCUUCGAGAAGGCCAAAAAGCUGCACGACUAUUUGAAGCGAAAUUUCCAGAACAAGAUCCGAAAGUUUACCGUUAUGAAUACAUUGAUUCAUGCAAACAAAGGAUGCGGCUUUAUGUGCACGGAGCACAUCGAGAAAAUGGCCGAACGGAUACAUUACAGGAAAACGGAGAAACACACCUGUUCCCUCUGCAAUGAAAUGGUACUUCGACGCACCCUCCGGGCAGUCUCCAAUCCCUACAUGGCGAAACAAAUGGAUGAAAUCUUUGGCAUUACACCAAAACUGUACAAGGAAUUUCAAGAGUUGAACCCUCCACUGAAGAGAAGCUAUUACCGCUUGAGCCGGCUAAAGGUUCACCGAUUUGUGCCGACUUUCAUUUGCAAGAAGCAUUUCACAGAAGAGGUUCGGCAAACACUUCAAAAUCAGGAGAUAGAGAAAAAGGAAAGAAUCGCGGCGAAUAAACAUUGGGCAAACACUUGUUGCUUCUGUGGACAUACGAAUGAAGGAAAUGAUUUUGUGCGAAAGCAUUGGAUGACUUUCAGCCGCAACAAAUACGAUCACGAAUAUUUCGAUAAGGUUUUGAACGCUGGUGGCAAGAUCAUUGAGUUGAAAGCGAAACACUCUCAAUUGGUGCUUUGUAUGGGUCAUAUCACCGACGAAAUGUGGCAAGAAUUGAAACACUUCCGCGCCGCGAAAAACCGAGAUUUGAAAGAAGAGAAAGAGGCAAAAAGUGGAAUCAAAAAGAUGGCUCCCAAAAAAGUGAAAGAAGAGCCAAUCGAUGAAGAAUUUCCGGAUGAUUGCUUCGAUUUACACGCCGAAUUCUCGGGAACGAAUGGAAAUAUCAAAGAUGAAGAUAUUGAGGAAACAUUUCUGAGAAUUCUACAAGGCGGUUCGAAAUCUCGAGCUGAAAUCGAUGCGGGAACGAGUGGCAGUGAGGAUCUUUCACUCUUUACACCUAAUGAUGACAAGAAGUACGUGCCAACAUUGGAUAUGAGCAUGCCUGGGACAAGUGAAGCGAGCGAAAUCGAAAUGAAAAUCGAAGAAGAUGAUGAUUGGCGGGAAAUUAUGUGGAAUUUGGAGACUCAAAAAACCGAGAAGCUUAACAUCAAAGUCAAACAGAAAAUCGAUCGACGAAGAAGGGAAAAUCAGCCGAAAUUGGAUUUGAAUGCAGAUUUUAUCACAAAAGAAAUGCAAGAAACGAUCUACGGUCCCAGUUUUCGCAAGGAGGUGGCAGGGCAAAAGGAAAACCUCGUUCGUUGCAUCUUCGCGUCAUGUAAAGUCAAAAUCAGCACAAAGGAUCCGAAAAUUAGGGAAAUGACAGUCGUCCCAUUCGAGAAAGCCAAAGAGAUGCACGAGUAUUUAAAGAGAAUCGGCUUCAAAAGCAACACUCGAACCUUUGCCGCAUUGAACGCGUUGAUGCUUUCGGGCAAGGGCUGCGGCUACAUGUGCACUCGACACAUCGAGAAGUUGGCCGCACAGAUGCAUUACAGGAAAACGGUGAAGCAUCCCUGUGCUCUUUGUAACAACCCCGUCCUACGACUCAACCUCAAGUCAAUCGCCACUCCCUACCAGGCCAAACAAUUCGAUGAUCUCUUCGGCACCGCACCGAAACUCUUAAAUCUAUUUAAACGAAGUACGGAAGAGAAUCCAAUGAAGAAAGUGAAUCAUCAUUAUGUAAAGGUUCAUCGUUAUGCCUCAACUUUCGUCUGCAAGGCACAUUUCACAGAAGAGAUUCGGGAAAAGAUUCGAGAGCAAGCGAAAGAGAAAAGCGAAAGGAAAGCGGCAAGCAAGCAUUGGGCUAAUGCCUGCUGUCUUUGCGGCCAUACGAAUAAGGAAAACGAUUUCGCUCGAAAGCAUUGGAUGAACACCACCAAUAAGCAUGAUCAUGCGUAUUUCGAUGAGGUUUUCAAAGCUAAUGGAAAGAUUAUUGAGCUGAGAGCGAAACAUCCUCUAUUGGUGCUUUGUUUGGAUCACAUCACCGACGAAAUGUGGCAAGAAUUGAAACAAUUCCGAGCCGCAAGAAAUCGAGGUGAAAAGGAGGUGAAAGAGAAAAAUGGCAUCGAAAACCCUCAUCCUCUUCAUCCAACAAAGAAAUCGAGUCGAAUUCAAUACUUAAACUUAAAAAGGAUCAAUGACAUGGAAUCGGAAGUGUUUUUGAACUCUUUGAAUUCAAAUCAAUUGAACGGAGAAAUUGUGGAAGGAUUGGUGACGCCUAAGAUGGAGAGGCGACAAUCAGAAGAAAGCGUCAGCGAUUCCAAAAUUGAAACCGAAUCA